AUGAUCCCCUUCCUUGGGCGGGAAAGGAUCCUUUUAUACCUGUUGCUAAUGGAAUGGGGUGACUCUCCCAUGUGGGAUGUUCUUGGGUGUGAUCAAAAGAGGGAUUAUGGUUUAGGUCCUUUCAACCAAACAAAGUGGGAAGAACAAGAUCUCAAGCAAGGGGAUCAUUGGUGCCAAAAGAGAUGUAGAAAACCUAUGAAGAAUCGAGGUCGCAGCUUGAAAGCCAUUGUCAUUAGCAUCACUCUCAUUCCAAAUAUCGCCAACAUCUUCAAAGAAGAAGAAGAAGAAGAAGAAGAAGAAGAAGGAACCACUACGACUGCCAUUGUAUCCCCUCUUUCGCCUCAAUCUAUUGGUAGUUUCUGA